AGGACAGGAAAACGAUAGCGGGGAGUUAAAUAUAGAAAAAGUAAGCAAGUUGGACCUCUCCCUGCGAGCUAUUUUGCGGGUACGAGCUCAUACCUACAACACAGCUCUGAGGGAGACGCCGCCGAGCACUCCUUCCUAGACGCCACACGCUGCAUCCUCACAAAAAAUCAUGCCACGUGCCAAGCUUGUAGACACGAAGCCCCGGGGGCGGAUGUCAGCAUAUGCCUUCUUUGUCCAGACUUGCCGAGAAGAACACAAGAAGAAGCACCCAGACGAAAAUGUUGUGUUCUCAGAGUUCUCAAGGAAAUGUGCUGAGCGGUGGAAGACUAUGACGGAUAAGGAGAAGCAGCGAUUUUAUGAGAUGGCAGAGAAGGAUAAGAAGCGCUACGACUCUGAGAUGAGUGGUUACAGGGGUCCACGGCAAUCCCGCACGGCAAGGAAACGCCGCAACCGCAAGGACCCCAAUGCACCCAAGAGAGCCCUGUCAGCUUUCUUCUGGUUCUGCAAUGAUGAACGGCCAAAGAUCCGUGCCAGCCACCCGGAGCUUGGUGUUGGGGAUGUGGCCAAGCAGUUGGGGGCUGCCUGGGGCCAAACCUUGCCAGAGUCUAAAGCCAAAUAUGAGGCCAUGGCUGAGGAGGACAAGGCCAGGUACAAAAGGGAUAUGAAGGCUUUCAAGGCUGGGAACUUUAUGGCCAACAAGAAACUCAAGACUGCCGAGGCUAAUGAUGAUGACGACGACGACGAUGAAAGUGAAAGUGAAGACGAUGAUGAGGAUGAGGACGAAUGAGUGCACUUUAUUCUAUGCAUCUUGAAGUAUUAUAUAUAUACAUGUUGGUAUAUAUAUAGUUAUUUAUGUGUAUGACCCUGACUUUUCCUAGCCUUAUGGAGUGUAGGUAUAUUUUGACACAGCAGCAGCAAAACAGGACAAGGAAAUGCACGUUGUGUUUCGCCUUGAAGAAUUGUAAUAUCAGUUUGAGGAUCAGUAGUUAGUAUAGUAUAGGUAAUGUCAGUCAUUUUUAUCAGUUUUUAUUUUUAGAUAAUUUGAUUGUAUGGAUUCUUUUAAUUCUAUUUGAGUUGCAUGGGACAGGAAUCAGUUGCAGUGCCUCAUAAUUGUUUCCCCCACUUCAUUUGGACAUUUCAAACAUUUCCCAUCAUGGAAUUGAAUAUGAUUUAAUUUUGUUUUUCCAUUAUCUGAAAGAGACAGAAUUGCCCCACUUACUCCAAUUUCUUUUGUUUUUCAUACCAAAGAAAAGGUUUUAUUGAUAUUAUUUAGCUAUUUGUGCAGUAUAGUUUCAUUUCCAAAGAGGAAAAAAAACUUAUUUAUUUCUUCAGUAGAUUAUGUAUUUAUAUUUCAGUGUAGCCAAUAGCCUUAUGGAAUCUUCAAAAUGUAAUGAGUGUUGGACAUGCAUCCUUGUAAAUAAUUACGUCUCUGGGUUGCCAAAGGAUGCCGUGACCCCCAGAGAGAGGGAGGGACGUGGGGUGGGGCAGCAGGACUCAGGGGAUGGAUGUGUCCCAGGAGAAGUGUGCCCGUCCAAGGUCCUGCAUGAAUCCAACACUUCCUUACACUAGCCAUUAUUGACCACACCCUUAUUCCUGCGGACAUUAAAGUGUCUUGUCUUUUCCCCUCUCAGGACAGUCUUGGUUGAUGUAGAUAUCCUUCCCCCAAAAUAUAUAUCAUUCUUUAGUGGGACUGUUUUAUGUAAUGGUUUAGUAUGUAGUUGGGUAUAGGCGACGAGGAUUUAUUUCACGUUUUAUUGUUCGUCAAGCUGCUGUCCUUGGUCUGUCCGCUGGAGUGAGGUUCUCCCAGUUUGUACUUCACCCUCAUGGAGCCUGUCAUGCUGUGCUGCACCCUGAAUGGCCGGCCAGGCUCAUGCAAACUUACUGCAGGAUUGUAUAAAUACCAUCACAAGCAUUUUAGGAAUAAGUGAGAAUAAUUUUAUAUGAAAUAUGUAAGUUCAGUGUGUGUGUGUGUGUGUGUGUGUGUGUGUGUGUGUGUACUUGUCAGAAUUUUUCCACUCUAAAAGAUAUACACUUCUGAUUUUGAAUAAUGAAGUACAAUCAUAUAUCAAAGUUAUAUUUCAAAAAAAUGAUUUGGAGAUGGAUUUAGGUUUUUAUUUAUUAUGUAUGAGUAAUUUUUGAAGUUUUGUAUGAAGAGUACAAUAAAAUGUAGUUUGUA